AUGUCCCUCCCCGUGGCCUUCGAGCCCUUCCUCCUCUCCUCUCUGGAGCACUACCUAGUUGUUGCCGGCAUUGGCUCCUAUGGAUGCAACUAUUUCAUCUUUCGAACUGAGAAUACCGACGAUGCGCUAUCGACACUGAACACCGGCGUGACGCGUCUGGUCCAGGAACUGCCGUUUCUCGCGGGUGAAGUGGCCCCCGUUGCGGGAGACAGUCGACGUCGUUUGGAAGUCCGUCCUUCAUCCAUCGAUGUGUUUGAGAAAUGUCCCAUGCUAGUGGUCCGUGAAGUCAAUUCGCCGCUCCCUGCCUCUGAUUUCGGUCGCACAAUCGACGCAGCCGGAGAUAACGCAUACCGACCCUUACCACCGAAGCCCGACGGGCCGUUCCAGCCCGUUCUCCGAUUCCAAGCGAACAUGUUCCACGGGGGGAUUGUUCUUUGUUUCUGCUGGAAUCACCUAUUGAUCGACGGCACGGCAGUCAGCAAUGUUAUCCAGAUGCUUGCGUCCUGCUGUCGGGCUGAGACGUCCGUGUCGCUGAAAUCGAUCCGUCAGCAGCAGGAUCUCGGACGCAAGAUCAUCUCCGAUAUCAUUGAACGGCCCUUACCCGAGAAGAUGUCCGCGGAUGACGAAUCGUUCGUGUUGCAUAACCUCGAGGAAGUCGCGACCGAGAGUAUUGCCCGGGAGACGAUGCAGUUCUCGCCGCGUCGGAUCGACGAGUUGAAAACCGCUUGUAAUGAGCGCUUAUCCGUGGGACAGUACUGCACCACGAAUGAUAUUCUCAUGGCGCUGUACUGGAUUAUCGGUGCGCGCGCGUCCAUCGCACAUGGGAAGAGAUUCCUAGCGAUUAGCUUUGCUGUCAGCAUGGCCAAGCGAUGCAGGCCUUCUCUUCCUGACUCCUACAUAGGCUCGACAUUGGUGUUGCAAAGCGUCCAGGGCAAUCAGCACGAGAUAGUGGAUGCACUCUCGACCAUCGAUUCGAAUCCCUCCAGUAUCCCUGAUGCGUAUACGCCUCUGCUUGCGAAGCUGGCUACUCAGAUCCGCGCCAAAAUCCUAGCCACCGACGAUCAGCAUCUGACGAGGACUAUUCAUGAGCUGUACGAGAUGUCGCAGUGGAAUCCAGGCCAGGGCAAGGGCGAUCUAUUGUUCAGUAACCUGUCGUUUAACGGUUGUUACAAGCAGGAUUUUGGCCCGGUUUUAGGCCCGGUGGUAGGCUUUGAACCUCGCACGGUUUAUCCGAACAUGGCAUAUCUCAAGCCGAGGAGGCCGGUAGGCACAGGGUUGGGGCCUUGGGAGCUCACGUUGAUGUUUGAUCCGAAGAGGUUGGAAAUGAUGAAGAAUGAUCCAUUGCUUGUUUGGGCAAGUACUUAG